GUUGGCGUCGAGGCAUCGUGCAGCUGCAAGCGCACUGUCGUGGUGCCAUCGCGCGGUCUGUUUUGGAAACGCGUCAGCGAUCGGCCAUCCGCAUACAGGCAGACUUUCGCGGUAUGCUUGUCCGAAGAGGCUUUCGCGUUGUGCGACUUUGUGUCAGUCGACUCCAGGCAGCGUACCGCAUGGUCUGUGCAAAGAUGUACUACAGACGUGUACGGACAGCGCUGAUAUCCCUGCAAAGGUUCUGCGCGACGCGGGUAUGAAUUUUUCAAUGAUUUAGAUUUGAUACCGUGCAACUUGUUCCCUUUCUUUGUAUCGUACUACGACCUUGCUUCCUUUCGCAAAGUAGUUUAUCAGUUCUUUUCUUCGUUUGGUCUGACGUGCCUCAUACUAGCGCAUCGUGCAUCGGACUGAGCCGAAUUUUUUGUCUCACGAAUCACAUACAGCUUGCACACCGACAGUUUCGCAGGCUCCUGAUCGCGAUCCGCCGAAUCCAAACUUUGAUGCGAACUGUUCUGCUUUCCCACCUUCGCGAGCGCCGCUGCCGACGCGCAGCGCAUAGAAUUCAACGCCUAUGGGCAGGCUGUAAGUGCAGACAACUUGCGAGGCAAGCACGGUUGGCUUUCGACCGCCAGUGCACAGCUGCUCGGAUCCUACAGGCUUUUAUUCGAAGACGCCACCGCCGGCGGCGUCAUGCAGCGGCACGGAGAUUGCAGGAUGUGUCGCGGAUAAAGAUAUUGCGGCCGAAGCUGAGCUUUACGAUGUCUGUUCUCGACGGCAUGCUCUGCCCCCAGCC